AUGUUCGUAGGUAUGGUCACGUUAUUGCUUGGUGAAUUUGAUGCAGGUGGAGAAGCUCACAAUUCGAAAGUCCAACGACUUCAAUUAGAACCGAGAACAACAACUGGUGCAGUACUGAGAUUUCAAUUCCCACAAAACCAAACUACCAACAUGUUCACCAAGCUAUCUCUCCUUGCUCUUGGCCUCCUUGGCAACAUGUCUUCUACCAAGGCUCAGGCUGUUACUUAUACUUCGGAUGCUGCCAACAGUAACUUACGAAUUCCACUGGAUCCCACACAAAGCAGUGGACCAACCAUCUCCAACAUUUUUGUGGAUGCCAGCUUUGAAGUAUGUGAUGUUAAAGUUGCGGUGCACAUAGAACAUACUUGGACCGAAGAUUUGGAUAUUGACAUCGGCCUAGAUGCGCCAACGGGAACAACUGAUCCCCUUGUUCAGCUGCAACAUAACGAUUGUGGGUCCACUGAUGAUCUUGUUGUUACUUUUGAUGAUGCCGCUACCCAAACUCUUGAUGGAGCGGAUCACAAAACUCCCCUUUGUAAUCAAGAUGGAAUAGACAUUCGGCCAGAAGGGACUCUCUCUACUUUCGAUGGCCAGCAAUCAACAGGUUACUGGUCACUUCACAUCGAUGACAACUUUGGAGGUGACACUGGAAAUCUUGUGUCAUGGUCUCUCAUCCUCGAACCUUGUGAACCAAUCAUUGAUGGAGCUGGCACAGGUGACCCCCACUUCAAGACUUGGGUUGGAGAGUGGUUUGAUUUCCAUGGAGAAUGUGACUUGGUCUUUGUUGACAGCCCCAAGUUUGGACAUGGAACUAGAUUGGCGAUCCACAUUCGAACCAAGGCUCGCUACCAGUACUCUUUCAUUGAGUCUGCUGUUGUUCAAAUCGGAGACAGUGUUUUGGAGGUUGGUGGAUAUGGUAGCUACAUGUUGGACGGCAUCUUCAAUGCAGAGCUGAACACAAUGGAUGACAAGUACCCUGUCCUCCACGAGAAGGUCAACUCCAAGCAAGACAUUUUCACUAUUGAGCUUGGAGAAGGAAAACAGAUUGUCAUUCAAUCCUUCAAGGACCUGGUCAGUGUCAAGACUGUGGGUGCAAGCUUUGACGAGUACCGUGGCAGCCAGGGUCUCUUGGGAGAGUUUGGAACGGGCAAGUGGCUUUCCCGCAAUGGAACUGUCAUGACUGAUGCCGAUGCAUUUGGCAAUGAAUGGCAAGUCCUUGGGACUGAGCCCAAGCUCUUCCAGGGCAACAGAUUCCCCCAGCACCCAGUGCAAUGCACUAUGCCUGGCCCUGAAAGAGAAGGUCGCCGUCUUCUUGGUGAAAAGCCCACCAUUUCUAUGGAAGCUGCCGAGGAAGCCUGUGAACACUGGGGAGACUUGAAGGACCAGUGUGUCUAUGAUGUCAUGGCUGCUGAAGAUUUGGAGCUUGCCGAAGCUGGAGCGUUCUAA